AUGUCAAAUUAUCAUUUAAUCAUUUUAGUUCAUGGUGUUUGGGGUAAUUCUUCACAUCUUGCUUAUGUUGAAAAGCAAAUACAUGAAAACAUUCAUUCAUAUGAUGGAACUAUACUUUAUACUCAUAAAACAGGAUCACACCUGGGUUAUUUAACAUAUGAUGGAAUUGAUGUCAAUGGGAAAAGAAUAUCUGAUGAAGUAUGGGAACAAACAAAAUUAAUUGAACAAGAAAAAGGUGGUAAAGUUACUAAAUUUUCCGUUGUUGGGUAUUCCUUGGGAGGUUUAAUCUCAAGGUAUUGUAUUGGAUAUCUUAGUAGUCAAGGUUAUUUUGAUAAUAUUGAACCAAUUAAUUUUACAACUUUUUGUACACCACACGUGGGAGUACUGGUACCUCAAAGUCAUAAUUUCUCAGCUCGAUUAUAUAAUAGAAUAGCUCCAUUGUUUUUAGCAGAUACUGGAUCUCAAUUUUUCCUUCGAGAUAAAGUUGGAGAAUUUGGUAAACCAUUAUUAGUAUGGAUGGCCGACCCUAGAUCUAAAUUUUAUAAGGCAUUGGCAAAAUUCAAAUAUAAAUCACUUUAUGCCAAUGUUGUCAAUGAUAAACGGUGUUCUUGGUAUACUGCUUCCAUAUCGCCCGAUGAUAAAGUUAAUUCACUGUAUAAUAAACGACCAGAAAAUAUCAAUUGUAAGUAUAUAAAGGGAUACCAACCAAAUGUCAUUGAUGUCACCAAACCAUUUUAUUAUGAAAAAGUUGAUAAUUUAAGGGAAUCAUCCAAUCAUCGAUUCAAAUGGUUUUGGAAAACUUUAAAUUGGAUAAAAUUGAUAGGAACAAUUACUGUUUAUUCACCAAUUUUUAUUAUAACUUCAAUUGUCCAAAGAAUAUAUAAUAGAAAAAGAGUAAGUGAAUUUUUCCAAAAUGAAUCAAAUGAUUUAUUACACAUGUAUGAACAUGAACAUGAAGUAGGAGGAGGAGAAGAAGAAGAACAACAACAACAAUAUCAUUCUUCGGUGUUUGCAGAUAUUUCUAAUAAAGUUGAUGAUGAACAAGAAACAUUGGUUGAAGAUAUAUAUGACGCCAUGAAUUGGAAAGUUAGUCAUUCAUCAACUUUCCCACCAAUAAGAUUAGAUCAUAAUCAAUCUUAUAUUGUUGAAAAAUUAAAUACUAUUGGUUGGAAAAAAUACCCUAUUAUUAUUAGACAUACUAAAGGUACUCAUGGUGCUGCUAUUAUAAAGCAUUAUGAUCCAAAUUUUGAUGAAGGUGAGGUUAUAGUUAGACAUUUUGUUAAAGAAGUAUUUAAAUUAGAUUAG